CGCUCGGAGACUCCAUGUCUUAGCGAAGAGGAAAAAAAAACACUCUCUUUCUUUCUCUCUCUCUUUUCCGUACGCGAUCUCUUUCACUGUCUUCCAAUUUCCGAAGUCUUCACUCUCCACAACAAAACCCUUUCUCCAUUUUGGGUUUUGUGUGUUUUCUUCUUCUGGCUUCUAUCUUCAACUGCUUCACAAACGCAGGUUUUUUUUUUCAAUUUUUUUUUCUGCUUACUCAGAUUUGAGCUGAACAUCAUACAGUGGGGGUGAGCAAUUUGAAGUUUCCUUGCAUCUAUUUGCAGUUGUUAAUUCACUCUAAACUAAGCUUUUGGAACCUUCUAUUGGGAAACGGUUAUGGUAGGGGCAUAAGAUUCCUAACUUCAUCUAAUGAUGUGACACAAUAGACUUGCUUAAGAAACCUGUUUGCAACAUUGCAACAUACUAAGUAGAAAUAUGCCUUCAUGGUGGAAGUCAUCAAAAGAAACGAAGAAGAAAACAGGUAAGGAAAGUUUUAUCGACUCAUUACAACGAAAAUUUAAAUCCCCAUCUGAAGGUAAACUAGGCUCUAGAUCUGGAGGAUCUCGUAAACAUUGUGAUGACUCCAUCUCUGAAAAGGGGGGUCAGUCUCCUGUUGGAUCAAGAUCUCCUUCACCUUCAAAAGUCGGAAGAUGCCAAAGUUUUGCUGAAAGGCCUCUUUCUCAGCCACUACCACUUCCUAGCCUGCAUCCAUCAAAUGUUAGCCGGGCAGAUUCUGAAAUUAGCAUAUUAUCAAAAUCAAAAACAGAAAAGGGGUCCAAGCCAUCAUUGUUUCUGCCCCUACCAAAACCUGCAUGCAUGCGUCGUAGGCUGAACCUUGCAGAUUUGGAUGGAGAUCUGGGGCCUGCUUCAGUCUCUAGUGAGAGCUCUGCUGAUAGUGAUGAACCAACAGACUCGCGAAAUCGUAGUCCUCUAGCAACUGAUUCUGAGACCGGGACUAGAACCGCUGCGGGCAGUCCUUCCAGCCUGAUGCUCAAGGAUCAAUCUACUGUUUGCCAAGUAAAUUCAAAAGAAACCAAAACACCAGCAAACAUUCUUGGUAAUCAUAUGACUUCUACUUCACCAAAACGGAGGCCAUUAAGCAACCAUGUUCCAAAUCUGCAGAUUCCUCCUCAUGGUGCUUUCUGUAGUGCUCCCGACAGUUCCAGGUCGAGUCCAUCUAGAAGUCCAUUGAGAGCAUUUGCCACCGAACAGGUGUUGAACUCUGCUUUUUGGGCUGGAAAGACAUAUUCAGAUGUCAAUUUCCUUGGAUCGGGACACUGCUCCAGUCCAGGUUCUGGUCAUAAUUCUGGCCAUAAUUCAAUGGGAGGGGACAUGUCAGGACAGUUAUUUUGGCAACCAAGUAGGGGUAGCCCUGAGUAUUCACCCGUACCAAGUCCUAGAAUGACUAGUCCAGGUCCAAGCUCAAGAGUUCAGAGUGGAGCCGUCACACCUAUUCAUCCCAGGGCUGGGGGAACACCCACUGAAUCACAGUCUGGAUGGGCUGAUGAUGGAAAACAACAGAGUCAUCGUUUGCCCCUUCCUCCUUUAUCAGUUACCAAUUCCUCUCCUUUCUCUCAUUCAAAUUCUACUGCAACAUCUCCAUCUCUGCCUAGAAGUCCUGGAAGAGCAGAUAAUCCAGUUAGCCCUGGCUCACGUUGGAAAAAGGGGAAGCUAAUAGGCAGAGGCACCUUCGGACAUGUCUAUGUUGGCUUCAAUAAGUAUGUCCUUUGUGCCAAUGUUAUUAAUUUCAUCUUUUCAGAUGAUGCCAAGUCUAAAGAAAGUGCUAAGCAAUUAAUGCAGGAAAUUAAUCUAUUAAGCCGUUUACGGCAUCCGAAUAUUGUACAGUAUUAUGGUUCUGAAACAGUAGGUGACAAGCUUUACAUAUACCUGGAGUAUGUAUCAGGAGGCUCCAUAUAUAAACUUCUUCAAGAGUAUGGGCAAUUCGGUGAACUAGCUAUUCGAAGUUAUACUCAACAAAUUUUAUCAGGGCUUGCUUAUUUACAUGCUACAAACACUGUCCACAGGGACAUUAAAGGAGCAAAUAUAUUGGUAGAUCCCAAUGGCCGGGUCAAGUUGGCAGACUUUGGCAUGGCAAAGCAUAUAACAGGGCAAUCGUGUCCAUUAUCGUUCAAGGGAAGCCCUUAUUGGAUGGCGCCUGAGGUUAUAAAGAACUCUAAAGGUUACAACCUUGCUGUGGAUAUAUGGAGUCUUGGAUGCACCGUUUUGGAAAUGGCUACAACUAAGCCUCCCUGGAGUCAAUAUGAAGGGGUUGCUGCUAUGUUUAAGAUUGGUAAUAGCAAGGAACUUCCUACCAUCCCUGAUAAUCUUUCGAGUGAAGGAAAGGAUUUCGUCAUCAAAUGUCUUCAACGAAAUCCUCACAAUCGCCCUUCAGCCCGCGAAUUAUUGGGCCAUCCUUUUGUAAAAUGUGCUGCUCCUUUGGAAAGACCUAUUCUCAGCCCUCCAGCUUCAGACCUUGAUUCUGGGAUUGCACAAGCAACAAAAUCUCUGGGUAUUGGUCAAGGAAGGAAUCUUUCUACCUUGGAUUCAGAUAGACUUUCUGUUAAUUCUUCUCGGGUUUUGAAAAAUAUUUCUCAAACAAGUGACAUACAUAUUCAAAGAAAUAUAUCUUGCCCUGUCUCUCCGAUUGGAAGCCCACUUUUGAGGUCAAGGUCCCCACAGCCCAUAAAUGGAAGAAUGUCUCCCUCUCCUAUAUCUAGCCCCCGGACUGCUUCUGGUGCAUCAACCCCUCUUCAUGGCGGUAGUGGUGCCCUUCCAGUUAGUAAUCACUUAGUUUACUUUCAAGAGGGUCUUGGAAGCUUGCCCAAGUCCUCAAAUGUUGACAUUUUUCGAGGAAUGCAAAUGACAUCACGCAUUACAUCUGAAGUGGUUCCCACUGAAAAUGAUGUUCAAUCAGUCUUGGCGGCACGUGUUUGUCGGCAGCUGCUGGGGAAUAAUGGGAAGAUGAAUCCAUCCUUUGAUCUAAGUCCCAACUCCUCGAUGAUCGGCCGACCGAAUGGUUUAUGACAUUGGCAUUUUCCAGAGCAUAUAUAACAACUGAGCAAUUGUUUUGAGGUUUGUCAUAAUACCUUUUGGUUUCAUGGGCCUAGUCAUUGUUCUAAUUGCUGAGGAAUCAAUUGUACAAAAGGGAGCCAAAGCAUAAGAGAACUAAUCCAAUAGAUAUGAGUUCGGGUGGCGACAAACUGCGGCGGCAUGUUGGAUUAAGAUCCUUUCAAGUGCCAAACUAAUCCUAAAAAAGCAUGAAACUUUCUUUGAUUUAUCCAUACCAAGUGAAGCAAAUGCUGACUAAGUGGCAAAGAGGAGCUUGUAGUUUUUAUGUAGAAUGUUUUAGAUGCAACUUCUAUGAUUUGGGAAAUGGCAGUUUUAUUGAUAUUGUAUAUUAUCUCAGGGGAUGAGUUUUGCUAAUUAUAUGUAUUAGUUCCUUCAGUUAAAGAAUUCAUGCAAUGAGAAUUGAGAAGUCUAUAAUUAAGAACAUCAUAUUGAGGCUAAAAGAAGGAAAAAAAAAGGGUUAACGAUAGACUAAAUAUUAUGGGAGGUCAGGUAUUGAAUUGUUGUACAGAAGAUGGAAAUUUGAAGAUGGAAUUUUGUAGUA